AUGGCCACCCCUACUGUCCUGGCCUUUGACGCUGAGGGUCGCGCCAUUGACUUUGCGGUCUGGGUCGAGAACCUGCAGCUGUACUUGCAGUGCGAUUCAGUAGAUGACAUCUCUCUCUUUGACUUUGCCUCUGGCGCUGUCCCUGCCCCUCCUGCUGAUGCUGACCCCACUGUUCGCUCCAAGUGGGCCACACGCGAUGCUGCUGCACGUCUUGCUGUGCGUCGCCACCUCCCUUCUUCUGAGCGUGCACACUUUAGUCAGUGCAAGACCGCUCAGGCCUUGUACGACGCUGUAGUUGCGCGCUACUCCUCCCCUUCCACUGCUACACUGAGCCGCCUCAUGCUACCUUACCUCUUCCCUGACCUUGCUGCCUUUCCUACAGUCGCUGACCUCUUUACCCACCUUCGCGCUAGUGACACUCGCUACCGAGCUGCGCUUCCUGCUGCCUUCUGCGCCGAAAACCCCCCUCCCAUGUACAUCACCCUCUACUUUCUAGUCACCCGUCUCCCUGAGUCCCUUCGUGUUGUUAGGGACCAGUUUCUCUCUGUCUGUCCCACCACCCUCACUGUCGACCUCCUCAAGAAGUCCCUGUUAGCGGCCGAGAAGAGCAUAGUCGCUGUAGGGGCCUCUCGUGGUGACCCCCGCACCCCCAUCUUUGAGGGGUGUUCUCCUUCCCCCCUGUUACCCUCUGUCGCCUCUGCUGCUGUGGCCGACCUCGUUGGUUUAGAGUCGGUCGGUGCGGCGUCUGCCCCCAGCGGUAGGCGCCGCUCUGGCAAGGGCAAGGGGGGCAAGGGAGCGGGUGGAGCUAGCGGGGGCGGUGGCGGAGGAGGUGGGGGCGGCGGGGGGGGUGGGGGUGGCGGUGGAGGUGGGGGCGGGGGUGGAGGUACUAGUGGCGGCAGUGGAGGCGGAGGUGGCGGCGGAGGUGGCGGUGGAGGUGGCGGUAGGAGCGGCGGGGGAGAGGGUGGCGGUGGCGGCGGUGGCGGCGGAGGCGGGGGUGGCGAUGGUGGAGGUGGUCGGAGUGGCUCGUCCCAGCGGAGCAGCACUGGGGGUGGUCAGCGCCAGCAGCAGCAGCAGCAGCGCUCUCGCGACGUCCCCGCCCCUCAGCAGCUCCGUGAGUGGUACUUGCAGCGUCAGCGUGGUGGGGCGUUUGGUCCCUGCACCUACGUCCUUCGCACCGGCGACCGUGCGAGUGAGCAGUGUGGGGGCACCCACACCGCCCGCCGCUGCUUUGCCCGCCUGACCGACGCUUGGCGCCAGCAGUUUCCGGAGGCCUCUGAGAUCCUCCGCUGGGGAGAGCUGUCUAGGGCUGGUGUAGCUAUCUUUGAUCUGGACUUUGAUGCUAUCCUUGCUGCCAUGUAUGCUGUGACUGUUAGUGAUGAGGGUGACUGUUACCGGUGUUUCCCGCCCGACCCGGGCAUUGGUACUGCUGCGUCAGGUGCCAGUGAGGCUGCUGCUCUAGGUGCCAGUGCGUCUGUGCUCUCAGGUACUGGUGAGUCUGCACUCUCAGGUACUGUGUCGGCUUCGGCCUCUCACACCUUCACCCUUGACUCUGGGGCGUCUCGCUCCUUCUUUCGGGACUGCACCACUCUCACGCCGCUUAGUCGGCCGGUUGCGGUGUCCCUGGCUGACCCCUCUGGGGGUCCUGUCCUGUCUCGUUUCUCCACAGUCCUCCCGUGUCCGGCGGCUCCCUCUAGCACCCUGUCUGGUCUCUACCUCCCCUCGUUCUCUACGAACCUAGUGAGUGGUGCUGACCUACAGGAUGCGGGUGUCCACCAGUUCACUCCUGCUCGUCAGCGGGUGACACACUGCACAGAGGCUAGCACAGGUCGCCACCUGGCUACGUUCACACGUCAGCCAGGGUCGAGCCUGUACACACUGACCACUGCUUCUCCUCCAGGUGCUCAGUCUGGUAGGGUCUCUUCGUCUGGUCAGGUGUUUGCUGCAGCGUCCAGGUCUGGUCCUGAGUCUGCCCCCUGUUUGUGUCGCCGUCUGUCUCACGAGACCCUCCUCUGGCACCACCGCCUUGGCCACCCCUCUCUGCUUCGGCUCAGAGGCAUGGCCUCCCGUCUUCUUGUGUCUGGUCUCCCCCGGUCCCUCCCUCCCCUUCCUCAGGGCCCUGGCCCUGCCUGUGUCCCCUGUGUUGAGGGGCGCCAGCGUGCUGCCCCUCACUCCUCACAGUUUCCUCCAACAGAGGCUCCGUUGCAGACGCUUCACAUGGACGUGUGGGGCCCUGCCCGCGUCCGUGGACUCGGUCACGAGCGCUUCUUCCUGUUGGAGGUUGACGACUACUCGCGUUACACCACAGUCUUCCCCUUGCGCAGCAAGGGUGAUGUCACUGAGGUGCUGAUCGACUGGAUCCGCGCAUCUCGUCUCCAGCUCAGGCAGAGCUUUGGCUCGGACUUUCCUGUGUUGCGUCUGCACUCGGACAGAGGCGAAGAGUUAUCCUCUGCCCUUCUGCGUGCCUACUGUCGUGCGCGAGGCAUCCGCCAGACCUUCACGCUUCCGGACUCACCGCAGCAAAAUGGGAUUGCAGAGCGCCGCAUUGGCAUGGUCAUGGACGUCGCUCGUACGUCUAUGAUGCAUGCGGCUGCCCCCCAUUUUCUGUGGCCGUUUGCGGUCAGGUACGCGGCGCAUCAGAUCAACCUCCACCCCAGGGUCUCUAGGCCGGAGACCUCCCCAGCCCUGCUGUGGACGGGGAAGGUUGGCGAUGCGUCGGCGUUCCGGGUCUGGGGAUCUCGGGCGUUUGUCCGCGACUUGUCUGCAGACAAGCUCUCCCCUCGCGCUGCUCCCUGCGUCUUCCUGGGGUUCCCCCCCGACGCCCCUGGGUGGCAGUUCUACCACCCCACCUCUCGACGUCCCCCCCCGGUCGACCCCCUCCCCCCUCAGGGUCCUGCCCCUUCAGGUGUGUCCCAGGUAGACGCGGUUGAGCCUGUCGAGGUCACUGGUGACUCUGGUGCUGCUGCGGGAGCUGAGCCUGGGGGUGCUGGGACUGGAGGUGCUACGCCUGGGGGUGUUGAGACUAGGGGUGCGGAGUCUGAGGGUGCUGAGCCUGGGGGUACUGAGCCUAGGGGUGCUGAGCCUGGGGGUACUGAGCGUGGGGGUGCUGAGCCUGGGGGUGCUGGGCCUGGGGGUGCUGAGCCUGGGGGUGCUGGGCCUGGGGGUGCUGAGCCUGGAGGUUCUUCGCCUAGAGGUUCUCCGCCUGGAGGUGCUUCGCGUGCUGCUGGUGCUGGAGGUUCUUCGGCUGCAGAGGGUACUGCUGCCGCGCGUCCCGGAGGUGCUCGUACUGGGGGUACUGGAGCUGCUGGACCUGAGAGUUCUUCUGGAGCUGGUACUACUGAGGGUGUUGGCGCUGAGACUACCGCUGGCGGUCCAGCUGGCAGUGCUCCUGGUGCUGCUGGGGGUUCCGGGGCUUCUGGAGGUGCUGUUGGGGGUUCUCGAGCUACUGGAGGUGCUGCUAGAGCGAAUACUCCUGCUGGGGGUACUGGUGCUGUCCCUGCUGUUUCUGGAGUCGCCUCGCGGCCCCGACCGUACUUCGUUCCGCUCCUGCAGCAGGUUCUUGGUCUUACACCUUCCCCUGGUCCUCCUCCUCCUCCCUUAGAGGGUCCACAGCCUGUCCAGUCACAGCUACAGCCUGCCUCCCCUUUGCCUGCUCCUUCUCCCUACGCUGGUCCGACUGGAGGUCUUACAGAGCGUCGUGAGCCUGCGUCUCGUCCUACGUCGCCUGUUCGUACUGCCCGCACUAGUGGUCGUGGUUCGCGUCAGCGUCCUCCUCCUGUCCCUGGCACGCACCGGAUGUCUCUGCGUCCGUCCACUGCUCCUCUGCGUGCCCCUUUGCCUUCUCCUCCUUCUUCCUCUCUUCCUGCUCUUACCGACCCGGAGUCGGACUCUCUUCGUGCUGCCAGUCCUACUGUCACGCGUCUCCUUGCUACUGCUGUCACUGACCCUUCUUUCGAGUCUUCUGCUGCGUCUGCUCUUGUCACUGAGCUCGUCGACUUUGCUGCGCGUUGUCGUCUAGACUACGCUGCUAGUCUUGUCGCUGAGUCUGAGUCUGUCUGUCCUCCGUCCGUCGGGGGUGAGUGUGCCCUUGGCACGGACGUACUUGAGGACAGGCAGGAGGAGUUCCAGUGUCUGGUCGCCGCUUCACCUCAUCUCGCGUCUGUACUGCUAGCCCCUGAGGGAGACCCGGAUGCACUUGACAUCCCGACUCCGCGCUCUUACGCGGAGGCGAUAGAGGGUCCCUACUCCUCUCAGUGGCAGGCAGCUAUGGAUGCAGAGAUGGCUUCCUGGAAGUCCACAGGCACCUACGUUGACGCUGUUCCCCCUCCUGGGGCGAACAUAGUCAGUGGCAUGUGGAUCUUCAGGGUGAAGCGGCCGCCGGGUUUUCCGCCUGUCUUCAAGGCGCGUUACGUGGCUCGUGGCUUCAGUCAGCGGCAGGGAGUUGACUACUUUCAGACCUUCUCCCCCACCCCGAAGAUGACCACUCUUCGGGUACUACUGCACGUUGCUGCUCACCGUGACUACGAGCUGCACUCUCUCGACUUCAGCACUGCUUUCUUGCAGGGCAGCCUGCACGAGGAGAUCUGGCUGCGUCGCCCACCUGGCUUCACUGGGUCUUUCCCUCCUGGUACCCAGUGGAGUCUCCGGCGUCCAGUCUACGGUCUCCGCCAGGCACCGCGUGAGUGGCACGACACACUGAGGACUACGCUGGCGGCACUUGGGUUUGCUCCUUCUACUGCCGACCCGUCGCUGUUUCUGCGCACCGACACCUCUCUGCCGCCGUUCUACAUCCUCGUGUACGUCGACGACUUGGUCUUUGCCACAGCUGACACUGCUGGACUCGCCUAUGUGAAGUCCGAGCUGCAGAAGAGACACACGUGUACUGACCUGGGUGAACUGCGCAGCUACCUUGGCUUGCAGAUCACCCGGGACAGAGCACUCCGCACCAUUACCCUGACUCAGUCACACAUGGUGCAGCAGGUCCUUCAGCGCUUCGGCUUCACGUACUCCUCGCCUCAGGCCACUCCUCUGCCUACUCGCCACUCGCUCUCAGCUCUGCCUUCGGAUGAGUCCGUAGAGUCGAGUGGCCCGUACCCAGAGCUUGUUGGCUGCCUCAUGUACCUGAUGACCUGCACACGACCUCACCUUGCAUACCCUCUUAGCAUUCUCGCACGCUAUGUUGCUCCUGGGAGACACCGACCAGAGCACAUGGCUGCAGCGAAGAGGGUGUUGCGCUACUUGUGCAGCACGUCGGGCAUGGGGCUAGUGCUUGGAAGGCGCAGUCCAGUGGUCCUCACUGGGCACGCGGACGCUUCUUGGGCUGACGACCAGGCUACGCAGCGGUCGUCACAGGGCUACACCUUCAGCCUUGGUUCCGGCUCUGUCUCGUGGCGGGCUACCCGCUCGUCUUCUGUUCUCGGCUCUAGUUGUGAGGCUGAGAUCUACGCGGGGGCUAUGGCUGCCCAGGAGCUUCGCUGGCUCACCUACCUGCUGACCGACCUUGGAGAGCCGCCGCGUUCUCCUCCAGUCCUGUACGUAGACAACAAGGCCAUGCUGGCCUUGUGUCGAGAGCAGCGACUGGAGCACAGGACAAAGCACAUUGCUCUCCGCUACUUUCUUGCUCGUGAGCUGCAGCAGCGUGGACAGUUGCGACUUGCGUACGUGGCCUCUGAGGCCAACACUGCUGAUGUCUUCACCAAGGCACUUGCGCCUUGUGAUCAUCAGCGUUGCUGCACGCAGCUGGGUCUUGUGCCUGUCUUGCCUCACUUGCUCACUUCUUGA